UCCAAUGUAUCCAUAACAAUUUUCACGUCAAAGUCUUUACUAUUUGUAUUUGUGUCAUUGCUAUCAUUAUUUUGCAUGCUUAAGCAAUUGUACCUAGGCCAUUGCUGUAAGGAUAUGCAGAGACAUGCAUUGUGCAGGCAUUAACUAUACUUUUCUUCAUCAUCUUACCUCAGACGCUAUACGUAUACUGAGAUGGCUGUUGAUAUUGUGAUUUCCGUCAUUGGGAAGAUUGGAGAGUUCAUGGUUGAGCCAAUUGGACGAAAAUUUGAAUAUUUAAUUCACUACAACAGCAACAUGGAGACUCUCAAAGAUCAAGUUCAACUACUAGAGGAAGUGAGAAAAGAUGUCCAGGGAUCAGUUGACGCAGCAAUAGCGAAGGGUGAAACAAUAAAAAAUGAGGUUAGAAACUGGAUGUCGAGAGUUGAUGGGGUCAUCUUGGAGGCUAGGAAAAUUUUGGAAGAUGAUGCCGUUCCAAACAAGAGGUGGUUUCUUGAUUUGGCUUCACGCUAUCGCCUAAGCAGAGAAUCAGAAAACAAAAUAACAGCAAUCGCAAAGAUAAAAGUAGAUGGGCAGUUCGAUAAUGUUUCCAUGCCUGCAGCUCCCCCAGAAAUAGUGUCUCAAGAUUUUGUUAUUUUUGAGAGCACUAGAUUGGCUAUAAUGGAAAUCAUGGAGGCAUUGGAGGGCAAUAUAAUCAAUUUUAUCGGGAUAUAUGGGAUGGCUGGUGUCGGUAAAACGACUUUAGUCAAAGAAAUUGAAAGAAGGGCUAAAGAAGAUAUGCUUUUCGAUGCUGUUGUGAUGGCUGUAGUGUCACGUACUGUUGAAGUGAAAAACAUCCAGCAGCAGAUAGCAGAUAUGUUGGGCUUCAAGUUCGACGAGAAAAGAGAGCAAGGAAGAGCCGGUCGGUUGCAUGCUAGAUUGAAGAAUGUGGAUAAGAUCCUUAUUAUCUUGGAUGAUAUUUGGGACACCCUUGAUCUUGCUGCCAUAGGCAUUCCAUUUGGGGAUGAUGAUCAUCAAGAUCCUGAAAAUGUGAAUUGUAAAGUUCGUAAGAUUGUGGUCACAACACGAUGCAGAGUAGUAUGCAAUUCUAUGACCACAGGAAUUGAGACUUCGAAGAUCAUCCAUCUAAAUGCUUUAUCUGAAAAUGAAUCAUGGGGCUUGCUUAAGAUGAAUACUGGUGAGGUUAUCGACUCUCCCGAAUUGAAUUCCGUGGCAAAGAAGGUCUGCGGAGAAUGCGGGGGUUUGCCCAUAGCCCUUGUUAAUGUGGGAAGGGCAAUGAGAGACAAAGCCCUGGAAGAAUGGGAAGAAGCUGCUCUAGCACUUCAGAAACCAAUGCCUUCCAACAUUGAGGGCACGGACGAAAUCGUGUAUAAGUGCCUUAAGCUAAGCUAUGACCACCUGAAAAAUCGGGAAGCAAAGUCAAUGUUCUUGCUUUGCUGUUUAUUUCCGGAGGAUUACAACAUCUGUAUAGAGGUUCUAGUGAGAUACGGGAUUGGACUGGAAAUGUUUAAAGAUGUUCUGACUAUACAGGAGGCAAGGAGGCGAGCACAUUCUAUCACAAAAAAUCUCAAAGAUUCAUGUCUGUUGUUAGCAGGCAAUGAAACAGGAUGCAUCAAAAUGAACAAUGUUGUCCGUGAUGUAGCAAAAACAAUUGCAUCUGAUAUUUACUUCGUGAAAGCUGGGGUGAAGUUGAUGGAGUGGCCAAAUGCGGAAACUUUGAAGCAUUACACUGGGAUAUCAGUAAUGUACAAUCAGAUAAAUGGAUACCCUGCUUCCUGGGACUGCUCAGACCUCCAGAUAUUGUUGAUGCAAGGCAACUGUAUUGAACAGCCUAUGCCAGAUGGAGUCUUUAAAGGGAUGACAACCCUUAAAGUUUUCGAUCAGAGUGAUAUUAUCUCGAAAGGUGAUCCUUACUUUUCGAGGAAAUGGGAACCCGGAUUUUCUUAUCUAACUAGUCUUCGGACAUUAAUCAUUAAAAAUUGCAGGAUUGCUGCCCCAGCUGCUAUUGGGAAUAUGAAAAUGCUUGAGGUUCUGAGCUUGGCUAAUUGCAAGCUCCUAGACCUACCACAGGAGAUAGGGGAGUUGAAAAAUAUAAGGUUGCUUGAUUUGGAAGACUGUCAUCAUAGCAGAAACAAACUCAAUGCCAUAUUUCCUCCAAAUGUCAUCUCAAGGUGGUCCAGAUUAGAAGAGCUGUACUCAAGUUCUUUCAUGAAAUACACCAGAGAGCACAUAGCUGAGCUGAAAUCACUGUCCCACUUAACCACCUUAAUAAUGGAGGUCCCUGAUUUUGGAUGUAUACCUGAAGGUUUCAGUUUUCCUGAAUUGGAGGUUUUCAAAAUAGCUAUACGCGGCUCUGUCCAUAACAAGCAAUCAAAUUAUCUUGAGGUUUGUGGUUGGAUCAAUGCCAAGAAAUUUUUCGCGAUUCCUUCACUAGGCUGUGUCAAGCCAUUACUGAAGAGAACGCAGUAUCUUAAACUAUCGUCCUUUGAGGGGCUAAGGACUAUUUUCCCUUACCAGUUGGCAGAUAGAGAUGGCUUAGCUGUCUUGGAAACUCUGGAAGUAUCUGAUUGUGUUGACCUUGAGUAUUUGAUUGACAGUGAAGAAUGGAAGAUGCCACCCGUAAUAGAGCAGCAUCAACACACUUGUUUUAUGCACCUGGAAAAGCUAGACCUUCAGUGUUUGGGAUCCUUUAAAGGGUUAUGCCAUGGUGCACUACCUGCUGAAUUGUCCAUGUCUUUGCAGAAGCUCAAGAGUAUGAGGUUUUUCAAGUGCGUGAAACUGUCUAGUGUCUUUGCUUCACUUGAACUGCUGCAACGGUUCGAUGAACUUGAAGAGCUUUCAGUAGAUUCAUGUGAAGCACUGGAGUAUGUAUUCAACCUCAAAAUCGAAAAGCCUGCGUUUGAGGAGAAAAAGAUGCUGUCCCAUUUAAGAGAACUUGCACUAUGUGAUUUGCCAGCAAUGAAGUGCAUAUGGGACGGCCCUACUAGACUACUGCGCCUGCAUAAUCUUCAAAUUGCAGACAUUCAAAACUGCAAGAAACUUAAAGUUCUCUUCGAUGCUUCUGUUGCUCAAAGUCUUUGCCAAUUGAAAAAACUGCUCGUAAAAGGUUGUGAUGAGCUGGAAACAGUUGUUGCAAAGGAACCGCAACGACAAGAUGGCAGAGUGACGGUUGAUAUUGUGGUGUUCCCUCAAUUAGUAGAGCUUUCACUACUCUACCUUCCUAACCUUGCUGCCUUUUGCUUGGAUAGCUUGCCUUUCAAAUGGCCAUCCUUGGAAAAGGUAGAGGUUCGUCAGUGUCCUAAAAUGGAAACCCUUGCAGCUAUCGUGGAUUCAGAGGAAAACCAAAGCACACCAAAGUUGAAGCAGAUCAAAUUGGAUGAAGUUGAUUUGAUACUUCAUGGAAGGAGCUUGAACAAGUUCAUACAAAAGUACUCCGAGGCAAGGGAGCUGCGGAACCUGAUAAAUGACCAUCAGAGUCGUAUGCAAGGAUUGACAGAAAGUUAGAAAUAAUAUUGAU